AUGCCUAUUGGUUCGCUGUUGAAGUCCGUGUGGCAGUAUAGCAGUGCCACAUGCAAAUAGCCCCGUUGUAUCCUGGUGGCCCGUUGCACAGACACUCGAGAUUUUCUGUCACGGUUUGCUCCUCCUGAGUUACAAUUCUCGUCACCUCACUGCAGCUCGUGAAGAGUAAUAAUCAUUUCAAUCGUCAGGAAUCAAGAAAAGGGGCGCAAGGUCAAGAUGAAGCACCCCGUUGCGAAGACUGCCAUCAGUUUAGCGAUUCUACUCACGGCAGCGUCUUGCGCAGCCGGGAAAGGCUGCCCAGCGCCCACACCGAUCGUUGGUGGGAGAUACGAGUUUGGUACUUCUGCCAAGCCAGGGGCCGACGGGCGAUAUCCAAGAGGUUCCUUGGUUUUUCUUGACUGUAUGAAGGGCUACAAAUUACAAGGUGGGGAGUCAGUUAUCUACUGUACUGAGGAUGACGAGUGGUCUGGAUCACCAACAUGUCAAGAAAGCCGAUGUGCAAUGCCCGUGCGGCCUUGGAACGGAAGAGAGAUAAGGUUCCGACGGGGACGUCAAGUUGGCGGGAUAGCCAUCUUCCGAUGCAUGGAAGGCUUCGAGCUCAUCGGGUCUCGCAGGAAGAGGUGCUCCAGGACUCCACAGGGAUUAAAAUGGGAAGGAGGGAUGACAGAAUGCAGAGCAACGAACAGCUGCGCGAAUCCAGAUGCCCUGCCCGGUGCCAACUGGACGCUGGUCCGAUCGGACAGGAGGAGCCACCGAGAUGAUGAAACCUUCAGCCCCAACACCAAGAUCAACAUCACCUGUUGGCCAGGCUAUGUCUCCUCAGUUGGACAAUCCAUCCAAAUCACAUGUGGAAUGUCUGGAGAGUGGAAUCCACCCAUUCCAACCUGUCAAGAGGUGAUAUGUCCAUCACUUCUUGAGAGCGAAGCAGACAUCGAGCAUCUGCAGAGCAAUAUGGAGAACAGGACUUACAGGUUGGGGGAGGUGGUGGACUACCGCUGUGAUGCAGGCUAUCGCAUCCUUGGCAAGACCUGGAGAGAAUGUUCAGGACCAAGCUUCUACUUCCCCAACCAGACAUGGUCAGAUCUCGAUCCGAUCUGCUCAGAAAUUGAAUGUCCAGAUCCAGGUUAUAUUCAAUUUGGAGGCAGCAGGUACUUAGAGUCUACAGAAGUUGGAGGAAGUGUUCAUUUCCGUUGUCGGUCUGGCUACAGCCUCCAAGGAACGGCAGUUAGGUACUGCCAGUCCGAUGGACAGUGGAAUGGAACGCUCACAACAUGUGACCAUGAGCGUUUCUACUGUCCAAACCCUGGCAUUCCUAUCGGCGGGCGAAUGGUCAAUAGCCAUCUGGCGCGUUUCCAGAAGGGAGAAAGAGUGUCCUAUGAAUGCGACAGAGAUAAGGCGUUGAUUGGAACGGCUGAGAUAGAAUGCCUUGAAUCAGGAGGCUGGAGUGGGGAACCUCCAACAUGUCAAGGACCCAAUGACUUUGAAGACACCCUCAAGAUAGCAGCAAGGCUGGGAUACAAUAUCGACAGCCUUGCAAUUACCCAGCCACAAGCUACCAUAUCGGACAACAAUAGCACAGGCCCCAGCGGCAGGUUCAUUGAUCUUGGGUACACUCAAGGGAUGGAUAUUUACUUCGUUUUCGAUGCCUCUGGCAGCAUUCCAAGAGCUCACUUCCAGUAUAGUCUGGACCUCGCUAAAGCCUUAAUAAGCAAGGUUGGCGGGGCUGAUGGUCCCCGGCGUGCUCGCUAUGGCGCCUGUGUGUUUGCGUCUGAGGCUCAGGUAUCAUUUCUAGUCUCCGACCCUCAACCAUCUGUGGAUAUUGUCCUCACCCUGAUUGACGAAUUGAUAGAUCAACAUAGCCCAGAUGAAAUAGGACGGGGAACAGCAACUGGCAAGGCACUCCAGCUUGUUCAUGAAACCAUGAUACCAGCUGCUCAUGACAGGCCAAAUGCAAAGAAAUACCUGUUCCUCUUCACAGAUGGCAAUACAAACAUGCAUGCCAACGUUGCCUUACCCAAGUACGAGGCAGAGACCCUUCGCGAACGCUUCAAGGUUCAAAUCCACUGUAUUGGAGUGGGUGAGGAAAUAGAUAGAAAUGAACUGCAAGAGAUCGCAUCCCACCCUCUCAGUGAGCACCUGUUCUUCAUAAAGAACCACGGGGAAAUGAACCUUCUUGCCCAGGCUAUUACGAGACAAAAGUUAGACUACUCGCCAUGCGGAUACAACCAAGGACUCAGUGACGCAGUCACGCCAAGGAUAGCAGGCGGAGAACAUGCUGAGAGUGGUGACUGGCCCUGGCAAGUGGCUUUGUUCUGUGAUCAGAACAUUGCAGGAUGUGAUGACUGUGUGCCCACUUUUUUUUGCGGUGGCAGCCUCAUUGCUCGCAACUGGGUGCUGUCCGCAGCACACUGCUUCAAGACGUGUGAUGUGCAAGAUAUCAGAGUAUACACAGGCAUAAUAGACAAAUCCAGAGACUCACUUCUGCAGUUUGACCCAACCAAAGUUUUCAACCUUGAUGGUGACGAUGCUCUGAUAAUGCAUGAAGCAUUCAACAGGCAACUUGAUAACGACAUUGCCCUGCUACGGUUGAGUCGGAAUGUCACAUUCAAUCCCUACAUCAGACCCAUCUGCCUACCCCAGGAGAACAUGGGAGAUGAAGAGCUUUAUUCAACAAAUAAAGAACCAUAUGUCGCUGGCUGGGGAGCCACGGAUCCCUAUGAUUUAGAAGGGGACUGUCUGGAUGAUACUUACCGACCAACCUCGCCGGUGCUUAAGGAACUUGCUAUUCCUGUGCGCACGGACAAAGAAUGCAGGGACAGCAUACAAGACCACUUUAGGUGUAGUAUUGUGACUGCCUACAAGCCUGCCAUAGCAUUCUGUGCUGGCUAUUCAGAGGGCAACCUGGACGCAUGCAAGGGGGACUCAGGCGGGCCUGUCAUGAGACAACUGAGGGCGGCAGACGGCAGCAGGCGAUGGGUCCAGAUCGGCAUUGUCAGCUGGGGAGAGGGUUGCGCUCAAGAGGGUCGAUACGGGAUUUACACGAGACUUUCAGCGUACAAGGAAUGGAUCCAUAAUCGCAUUGGUGCACCAGCCUAUGCGAUUAUGUAAUCACAACUGAAACAAAAAAUGAAUUGUAAUGGCCGUGCAUACAUGUAGUAUUGCAUUGAAAUGAUAAACACACCUUAAAUCUCACUGUUGCAGUCAUC